UAUUACUGAAAAAAAUAAUAUUUUUUAUUUUCUUUAUUUUUUUUUUUUACAAGAACAAAUUAAAAACUUCAGAAUAUGUUUGCUCAACUAUAUAUUAUAUAUAUUUUCUUUUUGGUUUCAGCUGUAGUAGGAAUACCUGUAGUAAAUUUACAAGAUCAGAUUUUUAGUAUUGAUGGUUCUGCUGUACCCACUAGGCCUAAAUGCACUGACCCUAAUAAUGCUAAAUAUAAAAGCUCCACUUGCGCUACAAGGAAAUCAGUGAGGGUUUCAUGUGAAUCUUUUAGUCAACCAGGCACACCUGUUGAUACUAAUUUUAGCUGUGGAGAUGGUGAUUCUUGUGUUAAUAUUACCCCAAAUGAUGCAUUCUGUGUUGACGAUAGCAGUGCUCAAGUAUGGGACAAUAAAAAUGAAAAUGAAGUCGUAUGUUCAGCACCUGUUUCAUUAGUGCCACCACAUGUGUCUUUUCAACUUGUAGCUGGAAUUACAACAUAUUCAACAACUGGAGAUCCAAUACGAGUAGCUGAGCUACAAGCAAAAUAUGAUGAUAACAAUUCAAAUAUCUAUACUGAUUAUAAAUAUCAAGAAAAUAAUUACACCUUCCCUAUUAAACAAGAAGAUUUUUCUAAAAAGUUGAGUUUCUGCUUCUAUCCAGGCUCUAAUGAGGAAGUACAAGCUGUAGGUUCUCUAGCAUAUGUUUUAAUGUGAUGAAUGUUUUUUUUUAUGUUAAUUAUUUUACAUUAUAAAAAGAAUAUAUAGUUUCUUUUUAAUGAAUGGUUUUGUUUAACACCAAUUAUA